CGGGGUGGAUAUUUUCAAUGUACAGUGUGCUGCAAAACUGUUUGGUAAUUUCACGUCUAAAGCUUUUUAAGAAGAUUUAAGCAACUAGCCACUCGUUUGCUACAUUGCUACUAACAGUUAUAAAGGUGGACGGCACCAAUGAUGAGAGCCCCCCCCCGGUACUCGAGCAGGAUAUUAGAGGUCAUCGUCAUUGCAUGACAAAGGCUGUGGCAGAUUCAUCUUCAUCACUUCAUACAGCAUUUCCAUAGUUUUUUCUUCAGAGCGGUAGUACCAUGAAGGGUGGAGGCAGAGGUAAGGAGCCACCUGUUGCAGGGGAGGUCACUGGCAAACGCCCCAAACGCAAGUGCCUGCAGUGGCACCCACUCCUGUCCAAAAAGGCUCUGGAUUUCUCAGAGGAGGAGGAAGAGGAGGAUGAAGAGGAGCUGGAGAAGCAGCCAGAGCUGUGUGGCCAGGACCAGGGUUCGCAGCAGGUGCAGUGUGGAAGCACAACCGAGGAAGUGGAGGAGGACUCGAAUGAGCAGCGCGCGCGGCGGCCAAUGAAUGCCUUUCUCCUCUUCUGCAAGCGCCACCGUUCCCUGGUGCGGCAGGAACAUCCUCGCCUGGAUAACCGCGGGGCCACCAAGAUCCUGGCUGACUGGUGGGCGGUGCUGGAGCCCAAAGAGAAGCAGAAGUACACGGACAUGGCCAAGGAGUACAAGGAUGCCUUUAUGAAGGCCAACCCGGGCUACAAGUGGUGUCCCACCACUAGCAAGCCGGUGAAGAGCCCCUCCUGUCAGCCUGUCAGCAGCAGCCCCCGCAAAAAAGUUUGGUCCUUCUCUUCCAACUCCACCAAGGACUCCACCACUGCCAAAAAAGUGCCCAAAACAGACAGCAUGCCACAGUUAAACUUUGCCAUGGCAGACCCUACAAAGAUGGGAGGCCUUAGCAUGCUGCUGUUAGCUGGGGAACAUGCCCUCACAAACAGAGAGAUCCCUUCCAGCACUAAACCUAGUUUACCUGACACAGCCAGUGAAGGGAACUCCUAUCCAGGGGACGAGGAGGAGAUGUUGUCUGGGACAAUACCGAACCGAGUGCCUGACGUUACUGAGAGCAGGGUUAAGGCUGCCCCUUCCCCACAGGCAGAGUCAUCUCUCUCUGCGGCACCUGAAGGAAAACCAUGCAGGCAGUCGGCUCUCUUCCAGCUGGCUGAGAUGUGCUUAGCAUCUGAAGCUGGAAAGAUGGAGCCAGUGGAAUGUGAGCCUGAGGACAGCUGCUCUACAGCCUCUCUCCAGCAAACCACCGGCAGGCCAGAGGGCAAGGAGCAGACAGCCGACGGGGACGACUGUCCUCCCUCCCCCUACACAUCAGCCCUCGUACCUUCUCUCUCCUCUGUCACGUCUACCUCCACCGAUGCCAUCCAGCCACAACUCGGCAGCCAAAACGCACGUGUCAAAAACAAGAGCAAGAAAAGAGAGGGUGCCAAGUUGAAUGAUAACGACGAGAUCCCUUGCUCGGCAAAGAAGAUCAUCAAGAAGUGCAACCAUGCAGAAUCAAACGUGGACAGUGUCUUCAGUACAAUUGAGGCAGUGGCCAAAGGAGCCUGGAAGGACACGGAGGAGAAGCCCAAGAAGAAGAUCCAGAGCAGUCCAAGUGCUGGGAACUCUGGUGGGCCCAAAAAGAAGAGUAGGCCCAAAGUCAAGACCCCUGUCAAAGAAAGAGAGGAGGAGAUGGAGGAGGACAGCAGGCAGUGUGGGCAGUACAGUUCCUCUGAGGUGGAAAUGAAGGAAGAGAUGGCUGACGCAAGUCCCAAGGCUGAAGCAGAAGAAGCCAGUAUAGGAAGCUCGGAGCUUCAGGGCAGUGCGGCAGAAGCCCACCAGUCCCCCAGCAGCCCCUCGCCUGCCAAGCUCAAAGAGGAAGACAAGGGGAAGGAGCGGUCGAGUGACGGGACCUGUGACUUCAACCCAGAGAACCACGGCUCCAGGAAGUCAGAGCGGAGCUGUAAAGGCGCCUUGUAUAAAACCCUGGUUUCUGAGGGAAUGCUGACUUCACUGAGGGCCAAUAUUGACCGAGGGAAAAGAGGUGCUUUCCGUGGUUCAGAUCAUGAUGCAAACUGGAGUGAUGACAGCUGGACAGUUUCUCAGAUAGGACCUAACAACCCCAAGAAGCUGAAAAAGUCCAAGUCCAAAGAUGAAUGUUCACAGGGCCUCGGGAAACUGGAGGAGGAGUUUGAAAGGAAGUUUAACAGUCUGCCACAGUAUAGCCCAAUGACAUUUGAUAAGAAGGGGACUGCUGUCGCAAAGAAGAAGAAGACGGACAGCCCCGUUGUCCCAGAGGAAGUCUCUAAAGCGGGGAAAGGGCCAUCUCCAUCUCAGAAAAAGACUUCAUUCCACAAGAUUGUUAGGAAGCACAAACACAAAAAGGAGAAACCAGGUGCAGUGGACAAAGUGGUACAGAGUGAUCCCACCAUGCUGGAUUCAGCUUCCAAAGCCAAAUCAUGUGCCCCCGUUGCCAUAACGUGCCCAGAUGUCCAGGGCCCCGCUAGCAUGGAGAUGCUAGUUGGUAGCCAGAAGAGGAAGGCUAGGAAGACCAAGAUCACACACUUGGUGCGCACAGCUGAUGGCAGCGUGUCUCCAGCCGAGGAGGACAAAACUAGGGACCUGAACCAGGAAGAGGAUAAGAAGCCAUUACCCCAACAGAAUUUAUGCAAUGAUAAAGGGUGCUACAGUAAUCCCAGAGGAGCAGAGGAGGCAGAGAGGAGCACCGGACCCCCGGAGCUGCCUGCGUUCUUCAGCCUGGCGGCCCUCGCUGAGGUCGCAGCCAUGGAAAACGUUCACAGAGGCCAGAGAGGCUUGGCUGAGAAUCAGAAGAAAGAGCUUGGCCAGACCCCAGUCCUCAUCUCCUGCGCUGACCAGUGAAACUCUGCUGCUGUUUUGAGAAGCCACAACAUGGACAUUGGCAGUGGAGCUGUCCUUUCCUCAGUGGUAACCCUAUGCUGAAGGGAGACUUGAUCAGGAAGCUUUGGACUGACUCCACCUUACCCAUGUGGUGAAAUUAGCUUGAGCUCGGGUUCACGGUGGGGGAAAGAGAGCCUCUCCUCCUCCCUGUUCCUCGCUAUCUCAGUGUUUUCCCCAAAAGCCUUCCUUUGGUUUGAGGGAGGAUGCCUUUCUGAACUCCUCUCCCCCUCCUUAGAUGCUCUGUUUGGGCCUGUGGAAGAACCACGCUGUUCCCAGUGCAUGGCUUCCCUUAUAGAGAUGGUUGUCAUGGGUUUAUUGUACACUGUUUUGUCAAAUAGAGGCCACUUUUAAGGUCAAGUCUUGCGAUUUAAAAACAAAUAUAUAUAUAUAGCAUUUUAGGUAGGGCAAAAACCCAACACUGCAUUUGUUUUAUAGACGAACACAGCUUUCUGUCACCUUUUUACCUCACACACACGCCUACUGAAGAGUUCCCUCCACCUCUGGUAGAAUACCUCUGUAUUUGAAUAGUUCUUAUCCCUUCAAAUCCUUCCAGCUUCAGCCCAAAAUGACUUUAACCAGGGUACAUGAUCAUGAUGGAUUUACCAACUACUUGUAGUGUUUCCCUGUGAUACACUAAUCUGGUGUACUCAAACUACGAAGAAAUCAUGGUUGAGUAUUUGAUAUGUAAGUUAUGAUGCUACUGUAAAACAGUAUGUGGUAGCUACCAAUAAUCAUGUUAGACUGAAUGUGUAAGAGUAGACCUGUGCAUACCUUUGCAUCUGAACUAGAGUUGACUAUAGAGGAGGGUGUUUGUUUGUCCUGCUUAUCCUUUAGUAGUAGGUUCACAGUGUCCCUGUCAGGCUUAUGAGACAGUAGGUUGGCUUAAAAAUGUCUUCUUGUGAUGGGGAGCUUGUGUAAAAGUGAUUCAAAUAUAGCCUUAACCCUCCCCCCUCCCCAACCCAGACCUAGAACCAGCUUCUUGCUCCAUGUCAUCACAGUCCUAAAGUCGGUGUAAACAUUUUUGAAUAGUGAAACGCAGUUACUUGAUCUUAUUGCAGUUUGCGUAGCAAUUAGAAAGGUUAAUUCCUCGUGUGCAACUUAUUUCAUGAAAUAGGUGAUUUUUUAAAUUACAUAAACACUGCACUAAUUUGUAGCUGAAGUUUGCGUUGCUCUUGGAAGGGUAUUGGAAUGCCUUGUCUCCACCAGUCAAUGUCCCCAGGACCUGGCUAAAGUCAGCCACAAGCUCCAACAUAGACGAUCAGAAGGUUAAAUUGUUUUAUCUACAUGUCUCAUAAAAUGAGCAAUUUGAGAGAAGAAAAAAAAAUACAGAAAUAAAAAGUUUAUUUCUGAUUGAAUGUGUGGAAAUGGGACAACGCUGUGCUAUGGUUCCUCACAGAGCUAAUGGAGACAAGGCAUUUAAUAACAAUGCCCCAUGUUUGUCCUAAUGGCCUUUUGAGAUUUUAUUGCCAAGUAAUGGUCUACUCAGAGGUCACAUGUAAUCCAUGUUUUGAUUCUUAGAAGUAUUUAUAUUUAGAUGCAACUUUGUGUUCUUUAUUUUGGCUUUGUUUUGUCCAUGUCUGGUCUGAAUCAUUCCAUUUCCAUGCCUCUGUCUCUGCCAUACUGUUUGCAGUUAGUCAGCUGUAGUGAGGAGAAAGAAGGAAAGGAUGGAAGCUGGAGGAGCUGCCAGAGGCAUGGAGGGUAACUGAGAGCUACACAGACUCCCCAGCAAUACCCCUCGCCUCCUUACCUAGCAGCCUUUUGUUCCUCUGUGUAGACCAAUACUUAAUUUAUCACAUUUUAAAUUCACAUUUAUAACUUUUAUAGCUCCUCGUUUUCUAUUUAAUCAUUCUUCUGUUAAAGUGUGUGCAUUUAUGAUGCUCUUUUAACUAGGUCCUCUAUGCUUUUUCCUGAGGUCAAGUUUACUGGAUUAAGAAUGUUGUCAAAAAAGAUCAAGCUCAUAGACGAUGAAUGCAUCUAUGCUUACCUGCUAAGCAAACAGGCACUGAGAUAAAAUGCAGUCUCUAUACAGUGAGCUUGUCUCUUCACCUCUGGAGGUGUGUAUUUGACUGCGCCUGCAUCACCAUUUCUUGGAUAUGUGUUAGGAUGUGUUCAGAGUACUUUUGAACACUUAAUGACAGGACAGACAAAUAAGAAAUGAAUGGGUCUUAGGGAACUUAUGGGUCUUGAAAUAGAGCAUUUUUUCCUAUAUCAAGGCAUUGUUACAUGGUAAUAAUGUUUAACUUAUGUAGGCCCUUGUGUGCAAAUAGAACAGUACAUGCAACAAAUCUAUAACUCCUCCCUAAAUUUUCCUUACUUUCUAACUGCAAAUGUUUCCCAGUUAAACUUAAGGGAACCAUAUUACGCUUUACGAUAAUCCUAAUAAUAAAUACUAUAUCUAUUUUUUCAAAUAUGAGAAAAAGUUACAUUAAGGAUGAUAUCAUCCAAGCAGUAAACUGUAUAGUUCUUCCACUGGUGGACAUCAGUGUAAUUCUUUGCAAAGACAAAGAAAUUGUCUUCCCCCAAAAUAGAGAUAUAUUUGCUCAUAGCAAGUGAGUUUAUUGACAUUUGCCAAAGAAAAGGGAAAGGUAUAUUCAAAUAGAAAUCAUGUUUUAAAAAAGAAAAAAAAAGAAAAUAGAGAACGCUGGCAUAACAGUUGCACUGCAUUUCCUAGGUGUGUAAAUCUUCAGGUAACAAUAUCAGCACAAUUCAUCCUGUGUAUGUAAUGGGAUUUCCUUGGUGUUUGAGCUCAGAGUUGGAAUGAAGUGCAACAAAAGGGCACCACUCAAUGCCUCUUUUAAUAUACAGUAUUUGCACCUUAUGACCCAAACCAAAAUGAUCAUGGUCUUUGAAGAAAAUAUAUAAUUUUUACCCACGCUAUGGAGAAUUAUGCAUUUUAACUAUUAUAUAUGCGAGAAUCCAGUUAUUAACAAAUCCACACAUCUACCAAACAGCCAUAAUACUGUCAUUUCCCAUCCCCUCACUUUUUCUAUCUAGAAAAUGCUUCUAUAAAUUUGAAAUUCCUAUAUUAGUUACCUAAAUGACUAUAAUACCCUUUUGUGCUAGUACUGUCUUCUUGAAUGUAAUCAUUUUGUACCUGUAUUUUUCUAAUUCAGUCUUGAUUGUACUGUAUGUAUGCUAUGAUGGUAUACUGUUCCUUAGGUGCAUAGUUCGUUACAACCAACAGUUCUCGUGACAGGAUAGCUGCUGUGCUGCGAACUCAGAGGAAAUGUGUGGAGGUUUCGAGUCCAAAGGACUUAUUGUACCAUGUGAGCAUCCAUGAGACUGAUAACUGAGAGAGUCUUGCAUUUUGAGUGGUGGGGACAAUAGCUUUCCCUGGUUUGCUACUUCUUUUUUCCUUUGCAGUAAAAGUGAAAGUCUGAUCAGGACAGUUUAUUAAACAAGGACGCUCCUGCAAUCAGAUAGAACAAUUGAAUGCUUGAGUUUUAACUUAUUUAUUACUGUUCCGUUUAGUUGAAUAAAAACCAAUAAAAUAUACAACUGAAUAUGCAUCCAUUUAUACAUGAACGUGUAUAAGAUAACAUACCCUUUACUGGAAUGUAGAUCAUGGCUUCCUUUUAUUUAUUUGUUUGUGAAGAAGAGGUUAUGCCAGAUAUUUGAAGUCUCUUUCCUCUGAUAGUUUGUACAACAUGUGCUUAAUCUAAUUUAUGCUACUGGUAACCAUGACAGAUGUGUUUUUUUGAUUGUUACAGCCCAGUGGUUAAAUGCAGCCUUGCCUUACUCGAACCCCUGCUUAGUGAGGGAUCCCUCUGCCCCACCCCGCCUAUCUACCCCCUUCCCCCCCACCCACCCAUAAAUCCUAUGUCAUAACACUGUUUGCUGAUGCAACUAUUAUUCCUUUUACACUUUCUGCUGACGCAACUAUUACUUCUUGAAAAACCUAUUAAAUAACAUCUAUUGCA